AUGCAUAUGAUUGCUUGGGAUAAAGUUUGCUUGCCAACUGCUAAAGGCGGUUUGGGCAUUCCUUCUUUAUCUGCUAUGCAAUUUGCUUUCAAUUGCUCUGUUAUUACUCGGAUUUACAAUUUCUCAUCCCCUUUAGCUAUUUGGCUAUUUAGAAAAUACUCCUCUCCCUGGAAGCCCCCUCACGUCUCGGCCUCUAAAAUCUGGAAGUCUAUUUGUAAUACUGCUUUGCAGGCUAAAUCUUGUUUUAAUUUUAAAAUUGUGCCUAAUGCCCCUAUAUCACUUCAAUGGGAUCAUUGGUUUAACAAAUGCACUCUACUUGACCACUUUGGAGAUGUGGACCUUGCCUCUCUUUCGGAUCUGACUAUUAAAGAUAUCAUGUUGAAUAAUUCCUGGGUGCUUCCUGACAACUUCUCCUCACAGCUUUGCGCUGUGUUUGCUGGCAUUAGAGAAAUUGGUUGUGAUGGCCCCUAUCUUCUCUGGAAAGACCGAACCAGUUUUUGCUUUAAAAACUUUAUUGUGGAAUUUUACUCAGAUUAUCCGACCUGUAACUGGUAUUCUAUGGUUUGGCACAAAAGGCAUGUUAUUAAACACUUGGUUUAUGUAUGGCUUGCUCUGAAGGGUGCUCUCAAAACUACAGAUGCACUAUCCAUUAGGAACAUUCAUAUUCCAACUAUUUGCAGCUUAUGCAAUCAACAUGACGAAACUAUAUCCCAUUUGUUUUUUGAAUGUUCUUACUCCUUCUCCAUUCUAAAUGCUAUGCUCCCGGGCAUGAACUCUUUUCUUUUAAAGCCUAAUAUUCUGCAGUUAUUUGAUUGGUUAAAUAGAAAAUUCAAUAGUAACAAAGAGCUCAAAUGCUUCUAUUUGCUGAAUAUUAGCACUGUGAUUUAUUACUUGUGGAAAGAGAGGAAUAGUAGGAGGAGGACUUCUCGGUCAUCUUUGAUAUGUCCCUGUGCCACUUGGUCCCUCGGGUAUUUGAUGUAUGGCCAUGCCUGGACGAUGAUGAAGCUCCCCUUGUUCAUCCCUAGGAUGGUUUACGAGCAACCAGGGAUAAGCCCCUCGAUUCCUUGUUAUUUUAUGAGUCCAGGCAACUGGGCUCGGGAGCUGGUUUUACUUCUAUAUGCUGUAGGUUUUCUUCCCGCUGGUGCUGGAGCUGGAGCUGUAAUAUGUUCGGGUCACUAG